AUGUCGGACGAGGGGCUUCUAGGACCAGCAACGAAUAGCAAGCGCACAAUAUCAGUGACGGCGUUAUCCAGUCCGGCAACAUCUCGGUCAUCUUCUUCCUCGAAUUUGAUAGAUCGCACUAGCUUUUCGGCCACCUUUGUCAACGUUUCACAGGACGAGAUCGAGCUUCCUCAAGAGAUGGAAAGUGGUGAAACAUACGAGUUCAUUGGAUUCAACGAGGAAACCGCCAGUAAAUUGUGGGACCAGUAUGUUAGCCGCCCGAUUGACGAUCCCUUGGAUUCCUUGGACUUUGAAUUUAUGGAUUACGCCAGAUCCCAGGUCAAGAAUUCUACGGUACCCGAUGUGCUCUCUAUUACCGACGAUUGGACGCCAACGAUGGCUGCCCUCGGGAUCGGUCAAUGUCUACAACAAUCAAUUCUUCAUCCAGACUUUGAUGAUGUGAGGGCAACGGCAAGUUGCAAGUUCUGGUUGUUGGAUUCGAUUGAAAUGGCCUUCAAGACGCUCGAGGGCCUGAACAGCCAGCUACGGCAAGAAAUGGAGCGGAGACAGGGACUGGCGGUACUCGGUGCUAGAGAAAGGUCGCCACCUCCUGUCCCUCCCGCCCCGAUCUUCAGGAAGGGAUCUCUGAAAUCGGCUACCAAAGAGACAAUCGUACCCAGCAAAGGCCCGGCCGCUGCCAAAGAUACCACUAUGCCCGACAAAGACCCGAUAACCUGA